UCCUCCAAAAAGCGCAAAUCCGCCGUCCCCGAAAUCGAGGUCGACCUCUCGCUCCCAGAGCCCCCGUCCAAGAAGGCCCGCCGGCUUCUCAAAAAGGGCAAGACACUGCCCGCAAAGCCGACGAGCGAUGAUGACGAGCAUGACAGCAAGACCGCCGAGGAAGGCAAAGCGGACGGGGCCAAGGACGGCAAGAAGAAGAAGGAGCGCUCGCCGCAUGGCGUUUGGAUCGGCAACCUGCGCUUCACCGUAACCAAGGCCGAUCUCCGCAAAUGGCUGGUUGAGAAUUCGGGCGGCGUGAUCACCGAAGAGUCCAUCACUCGCGUGCACAUGCCUACAACAAAGGCCACCGCCGGGCCCGGGCCCAAGAAGACCAACCCCGAAAACCGGGGGUUUGCCUACGUCGACUUUUCCUCCUUCGAAGCCAACGUCGCGGCCAUCGCUCUCUCCGAAACCGAGUGGAACGGGCGAAAGCUCCUCAUCAAGGACAGCAAGAACUUCGAAGGGCGUCCAAAGAAAGAAGAGCCCGAGGCAGCCACAGCAGACGGAGCUGGCAAGGGGCCCGCGUCAUCAGAAGCCAAGAACGCGCCAGGCAGUCGAGGGUGCACCAAGAUCUUCGUGGGGAACCUGUCCUUCAACACGACCGAGGACGACUUGCACGCGCACUUUGAAAAGUGCGGCAAGAUCCGGUGGGUCAAAGUCGCCUCGUUUGAGGACUCGGGCAAGUGCAAGGGGUACGGAUGGGUCAACUUCGAGGACGCCGAGGCCGCGGCGUGGGCGGUGAAGGGAUUCGUCAAGGUGCGCGAGACGGUCGAGACGCUGGAGGACUUCAUGGACCAGGGAUCCAAGCCCGCCGAUGAUAAUUCAACAGCAGCAGACGACGAGGCAAAUCCUGCCGGCGAGAACGAGGACGAUGACGACGCGGAGGAGGCCGGCGAAGGCAAAGACAACAACACCAAGAGCAAAACGACAGUAGUCACCAAGGAACCAUCACGCACCCGCACCCGCAAGUGGUGGGUCAACCAGCUCUUGGGCCGCAAUCUCAAGAUCGAACUGGCCGAGGACGACCAGACGCGCUACCACAAGCGCUUCGGAAAGGGCGCGGCCAAACGGCAGCAUCAAAAGCAGCAAGCUGACAACAACACCAACAACGACAGCAAGCAACGAAAACAAGAAAAUGGUACCAACAACAGGGGGAUCAAGAAGGAGGACAAGAAAAAGGACAUCACCUACCACACCGACAUCAGCGUCGCCCGCCUGACGGGGGCGGCUGUGGCGCACCAGGGAAAGAAAGUCACAUUUGAUUAA